CACCUGUCGCCGUCGAAUCUUUCUCGACCUGCUCCUGCUUCAUCCUGUCAUGCCUUCGGCCAGAAUACCUUGUUCUGCACCUGUGAUUACACUACGCAAAGAUGUCCUCCAGAACAAGCAUAACCAAGAAGGCAUGCGACGGAUGUAAGAUUCGAAAGAUCCGAUGUGGUGGUGGCCAACCAUGCCGGUCCUGCUUCAAUGCACGCAUCAAAUGCACCUACAUUCGAGUCCAGCAGCCUCGUGGCCCCCAGAAGCUGCGUGCGACAACUAAAUACCUCAUAGACCAAGCGCAACGGGGAGUGGAAGUACAUACUUCGUUACCCUCGGCUCCGCUGAGCGGGGAGGUGCUGGAAAAUGACCACAUCCCAACACCAGUGCCUCAGAAAUGCGGCGCGACAUCAGAAAGAUCUCGGAUACCCACCAACAUCCUCGCCUCCCCGCUUUACAUCUACCACGUGCGCAUGUAUCCCGUCUGGCCCAUUGUGGAUGUCGAAAGUGUCAUGUCCAUUUUACAACAAGAUACUGAGGAGAAGGAUCACGAAACCUACGCACUGACAACCGCCGUGGCAGCUGCAACAAUUGCUCAGUUAAGGCUAGGGCAGAAUUCCCUCCCCGACAAGUCGAUAACUGCCGACACUUUUGCGGCAGAGUGCAUGAAAGCCCGAAGAUCCUGCGAUUAUCGAUCGCGACUCAAUCUGAAUAAUGUGCGGACAGCUUUCUUUCUGCAUGUUUAUUACGAAAACCAGCAGUCGGGCGCAAGCGAAUCGCUCUUGUACUUGAGGGAAGCCAUCACACUGGCUCAGAUGAUGUGCCUGCAUCGCGAAGUUUCAUACGGUGGCCUUUCUCCAGACGAGCAACAAAUGCGGCGUCGAGUGCUAUGGCUUCUGUUUGUCACAGAACGUGGCGUCUGCAUCCUCCACAAACUCCCUGUAGUCUUGAGGACCGAUAUUUCAACGCCAGAGCUUGAUGCAAAUGAUGAGCCCCAGGUUCUCCCCGCAUUUCUGAAGCUGCUCAAUCUAUUUCGCCUGUUUGAACAAUCGAAGAUGUUCGAUAUCAUUGAGGAUGAUCAUGGUGGAAUGGAAUCAAUCUCAAAUGAAAUCCAUAGCCUUGACAAACGGUUUCUGGGGAUGCUGCAGGAUAAUCUGCAAGACGGGUCGGCCCUGCUGGACCACAUCUCAGACGUUCAAAAGGCAGACCUCUGCGUCACCAGGCAUUGGAUGCGCAUGAUUCUGUGGAAAGUCUCGUCCAAGAAAAGGCCUGGCUCGUCAUCUCACUGGCCGACAUCUCCGUCCUUUCCGAUAUUAGUCGCAAAAGAGCUUUUAAACAUAGUCUCUCAGCUGCCGAGAGCGGCAAUUGAAGCCCACGGGCUCGGUAUGGAGUUGAAACUAUACGAGAUUGCCAGCUCACUCGCCGAUGCCGUAAUAGAUCUUGCAAUGCUGCCUCGCGCCCCCACCUGGGACAAUGAAAGCCGCCCCAGCAACAUCCUAGCCCGACUGCACUCGAUCCUAUUCACCUUCAGAGGUGGGGGCAACAAGGAGCUAGCCGAGCUACUGUAUAAGAAAAUGGCAGAUGCCCAGGCUAGAAGUGGUCCUGCGCUAUCACUGCCAAUAAGAGACCCGCAUAUACCAGUCAACAAUAAAAUGCUCCCUGGAACCACCGAUUCUGUUCCAGGUGGAGAAAAGCUAGCCCAUAAAGGGCCCACUGCUGCAGUGGAAGCUGCAAGUCCCAUGCCUGACGACAUCGAUCCGAUCGCCCAUUGGUCGUCCCAGCACUCUGGUAUGCAACCUAUGGGGCAUGAGUAUUCUCAAGAUAGUAUCAGUCUGGGGCACGAGGCGAGCGGGUACAACGAUCUGCAGUCACUGGAAGAGAUGCUGUUUCCAGGGACCGCAUUUCCGCCACAGCCUGACUAUUCUCAAUGUGCAUAUGACCCCUGUCUUAGCACUUCUCUACCAUACUCCUUCUCACUGGACGAUACGAGAAACACACCUUUGAGUCUACAUUCACUGUCACCUUCUUUACCUUCCGGGUCAGUCGAGAUGUUGAUCAACGAUUUUAUCUCCCAGAUCCCUGAGGGUCAAUUCCCAUCCGAGCACUACUUCUCGGGCAAUGACUUCCUAGAUCCAGCCUUGUCGGGUGAAGGCUUUCUGGCCUGACGUCCAACCCGCACACAUUUGAUGAGCACGCUCCUACCCGUAUAUACCCAUUCUGCUAUCCCCUCAGCAUGUCAUGAAAUAAAUGCAAUUAUAUUAUGUACCUAUGAAAUCCAAUACCAGAUCCAAGUUACCACAUUUGGCAGCCAAUCUGCCAUAUACACACUCGUCCAUCAGUAUUUAAAGCGGAAAUCCAGCCGCUUAUUCCCCUCCU